AUGGGACAAAUUCUAUCACAACCAAUUACUGAGAAACACUCAGAAGAAGGCCAAGACAAGUACUUGGCGUAUGGUUUGUCCAGUAUGCAAGGUUGGAGAAUCAAUAUGGAGGAUGCCCAUGCUACAGUAUUAGACUUGAAUAAAUUUAGUGAUGAUGAAGAUGUUGCCAGUAAAGAUGAGGGGGGCAGAGAUGAUGACGAUGAUGAUAGUAAUGAUAAAGAGGCGGAUAGUAAAAAGGAAACCAACCAUUCAUCAGUCAACAAACAUGAAUCAAAGGCGAGCCAGGAUGAAAAUGCCGACUAUGUCGCGUUUUUUGGUGUCUAUGAUGGACAUGGUGGGGAAAAGGCUGCCAUUUUCACAGGGGAACAUUUGCACAAAAUUAUUAGAGCCACAUCUCUGUACCAAGGAAAAGACUACACCAACGCAUUAAAGCAAGGAUUCUUGGAUUGUGACCAGGCCAUAUUGAAGGAUAUCUACAUGCGUGAUGACGAUAGUGGAUGUGCUGCAACCACGGUACUCAUUACCCCUGAACGUAUCUUUUGUGGUAAUGCCGGAGACUCGCGUACCAUAAUGUCCGUCAAUGGAGUCGCAAAAGCCCUAUCAUUUGAUCACAAGCCUUCUUUGGAAGGGGAAAAAUCGCGUAUAAUGGCUGCUGGUGGAUACGUUGAUGCAGACAGAGUCAAUGGUAAUUUGGCUCUUUCGCGAUCGAUUGCCGAUUUUGAAUUCAAGAAAUCGGUUGACCUUCCUCCGGAAGAACAAGUUGUUACGUGUUACCCCGACGUGAUUACUCAUCAAAUAAACUUAGACCAGGACGAGUUUGUCGUGUUGGCAUGUGAUGGUAUUUGGGACUGUAUGCACCCUCAACAAGUGAUUGAUUUCAUAAGGAGGGCCAUUCGUGAGGAUAAACCACUUGAGAAAAUUUGUGAGGAGAUUAUGGACCUUUGUUGUUCUCCAACUUCUGAUGGUUCUGGUAUAGGUUGCGAUAACAUGUCCAUAGUAAUUGUGGCUCUAUUACGCGAUGGAGAAGGUAUUGAAGGAUGGAGGAAAAGGUUGACUGAAAGAAUUGGCGACAAGGAUUUUGGGGAUUCGUUUUUGAAACCAGAACAUCCAAGAUGUGGAAGAAUCGAAGAUGGGGGCGAAGAAGAGGAGCCCGAAACUGGUGCUACAAUUUCUUUAGAGCAGUUGUUGGCAGGUAAUGCUGUUACGACUGAAAACGGAGUGGUUUAUUUGGAUACAGCCUCGGCCCAGUCGUUGUUGGAGAGAUUUAAAUAG